UUUUUUUUUUUUAAAAGACAGACAAGGUCUCACUCUGUUGCCCAGGCUGGAGUGCAGUGGCGCCAUCACAGCUCACUGCACCCUUGACUUCCCCAGCUCAAGUGAUCCUCCUACCUCAGCCUCCUAAGUAACUGGGACUACAGGUGCAAGCCAUCACAUCCAGCUAGUUUUGUUUAUUUUUUGUAGAGAUGGCAUCUUACUAUGUUGUCCAGGCUGAUCUCAAACUCCUGUUCUCAAGCGAUCUGCCUACCUCAACCUCCCAAAGUGCUGGAAUUACAGGUGUGAGCCACCGCACCUGGCCAAGAUGCAUUUUUUUGUUUAUUUACUUAUUUUGAGACAGAGUUUUGUUGUUGUUGCCCAGGCUGGAGUACAAUGGCAUGGUCUCAGCUCACUGCAGCCUCUGCCUCCUGGGUUCAAGCAGUUCUCCUGCCUCAGCCUCCCAAGUACCUGGGAUUACAGGCGCCUGUCACCAUGCCCAGCUAAUUUUUUUUGUAUUUUUAAUAGAGAUGGGGUUUCACCAUGUUGGCCAGGCUGGUCUUGAACUCCUGACCUCAGGCAAUCUGCCCGCCUCGGCCUCCCAAAGUGCUGGGAUUACAGGCAUGAGCCACCAUGCCCAGCCCAUCAAGAUGCAUUUUUAAAUAGGAUGGCCAAAGGAAGGGGUUAUGGGAAGGUGACAUUGGAGCGAUGGGGGUGGGGGCCGGCGCGGUGGGGUGGAUCGCCUGUGGCUACCUGGGAUAAGAACACUCAGAGGCAACAGGCAGUUCUGCAGCUGGAGUGUCCCAGGUGUGUUUGAAAGAUGGUGUUGGUGGCCAAUGUUCCUAGAGCUGAGGGAGUGAGUAGGAAAGGAUGGAAGAUCACGCGGGGCCUUAUGGGCCACACUGAGGACCUUGGCUUUUCCUGCGAGGUGCCAGCCACAGAAGGGCCUGAGCAGAGCCAGGACAGGAUGAAAUGUGAGUUGUGACAGGAUCUCUCGAGGUGCUGAAUGAGGAACAGACCACAGGAACAGAAGUGGGAAGACAGUCUCUUGCUGUGACCUUCAAGGAUAUGCAGACUAACCAUCUCAUGUGUGUUCGGAGCUCCUAUGUACCUAAACUCUUAAGAUUUUGAAGGGCUUGAGGUUCUGUGGUUGCAAAGGUUCCUGCCCCUGCACUAAUGGGAGCUCCACAAGGGCAGGAAUGUUGUCUGUCUCUGAGCAUCUGUUGCUCUCUCUCCAGUGCCUAGAACAGUGCCUGGCAUAUUGUAGGAGUUCAACAAAUAGAUGUUGAAGGAUUGAAGGAAGGAAGAAUCAAUCUAAGGUCCAGAAUGCAAUUCCAGGAUUCUAAAGAUUAGAAAGGACAUGGUGACUCACGCCUGUAAUCCUGGCACUUUGGGAGGCCGAGACGGAAGGAUCACUUGAGGUCAGGAGUUCGAGACCAGCCUGGGCAAUAUAGUGGGAGCCAGUCUCCACAAAAAUGUGUUUGAAAAAUUAGCCAGGCACAGUAUUGCAUGCCUGUAGUCCCAGCUACUUGGGAGACUGAGGCAGGAGGAUGGCUUGAACACAGGAAUUCGAGGCUGCAGUGAGCUGUGAUCGCACCACUGCACUCAAGCUUGGGCAGCAGAGCAAGACGCUGUCCGUUUAAAAAAAAAAUUAUUUUGGCUGGGUGUGGUGGCUCACUCCUAUAAUCCCAACAUUUCUGGAGGCCAAGGCAGGCAGAUCAUGAGGUCAAGAGAUUGAGACCAUCCUGGCCAACAUGGUGAAAACCCGUCUCUACUAAAAAUACAAAAAUUAGCCGGGCAUGGUGGCACGUGCCUGUAGUCACAGCUACUCGGGAGGCUGAGGCAGGAGAAUCGCUUGAACCCUGGAGGCGGCGGUUGCAGUGAGCCAGUCGCACCACCGCACUCCAGCCUGGCAACAGAGCGAGACUCCGUCUCAAAAAAAAAAAAAAAUUGUUUUUGGCUGGGCGCGGUGGCUCACGCCUGUAAUCCCAGCACUUUGGGAGGCCAGGGUGGGUGGAUCACGUGAGGUCAGGAGUUCGAGACCAGCCUGACCAACAUGGAGAAACCCCGUCUCUACUAAAAAUACAAAAUUAGCCGGGUGUGGUGGCACAUGCCUGUAAAUCCCAGCUACUCAGGAGGCUGAGGCAGGAGAAUCGCUUGAACCUGGGAGGUGGAGGUUGCGGUGAGCCUAGAUGGCGCCACUGCACUUCACCCUGGGUAAUGAGAGUGAAACUUUGUAUCAAAAGAAAAAAAAAAAUAUAUAUAUAUAUAUAUAUGAUUAGCCAGGUGUGGUGGCAUGCGCCUGUAGUCCCAGCUACUUGGGAGGCUGAGGCAGGAGAAUUGCUUGAACGCAGGAGGCAGAGGUUGCAGUGAGAUGAGAUAGCCGCCACUGCACUCCAGCCUGGGCAACAGAGGGAGACUCCAUCUCAAAAAAAAAAAAAAAAAGAAAAGAAAUAAGAGCAGUUUGAGAAAAUGUUCAGGGUGACUUAAACAUACAGGUUGGGGAAAGCAUGGCAAGAGAUGAGGGCGGAAUGGGGGGCAGACAAGGGGAAUGUCAGAAGAAGCUUCCAUUUUCUCCCCUGGGCACUGGGAGCCAUGGCAAGUUCAGAGCAGGGGAAGGAGAGGUCCGACUUGUGCUUUAGGAAGACUCCUCUGGCUAUCACAGGGAGAGGAAUUGCCGGGAGACCAGGGGGAGGUUGGAUGGGAAUGUGGGUGGACCUGGUUGAGGAGGGAGCUGUGGAAAUGGGGAGGAGGGGACAGAGGAUUUAGGACAUAGGGAGGUUAGUUGGAUGCCCCCUCUUUCUAGGAAGGGCAGAAACCUACAAAAAGCCUUCAUUGGGAAAUUAUUUGAUCAUCUGCUUGGAACCCAGAGCUACACCACCUGUGUUGGAGACUGGCCAGCCAAAUUUUCAGUCGCGGUGGGGACAAGGAGACAGCGCCAUCUGGUGCUUGAGGGUGUGGCCAAUGAAUGUGGAGGGGAGUGUCCUAAGGUUGGCAGCCUCUUUUGAUGCAAGCUACCCCAGUUUUUUGUUGUUGUUGGGUAUUUUGAGACAGGGCCUCACUCUUGUCCAUGCAGAGUGCAGUGGCACGAUCAUGGCUCACUGGCUCAAGCCAUCCCCCCACCUCAGCAUCCUGAGUGGCUGGGACCAUAGGAUGCCCCGGAGGCCCAGCUAGCCCCAGACUUCGGCCCCAUGCGGCUCACCCGCUGCCAGGCUGCCCUGGCGGCCGCUAUCACCCUCAACCUUCUGGUCCUCUUCUAUGUCUCGUGGCUGCAGCACCAGCCUAGGAAUUCCCGGGCCCGGGGGCCCCGUCGUGCCUCUGCUGCCGGCCCCCGUGUCACCGUCCUGGUGCGGGAGUUCGAGGCAUUUGACAACGCGGUGCCCGAGCUGGUAGACUCUUUCCUGCAGCAAGACCCAGCCCAGCCCGUGGUGGUGGCAGCCGACACGCUCCCCUACCCGCCCCUGGCCCUGCCCCGCAUCCCCAACGUUCGUCUGGCGCUGCUCCAGCCCGCCCUGGACCGGCCAGCCGCAGCCUCGCGCCCGGAGACCUACGUGGCCACCGAGUUCGUGGCCCUAGUACCUGAUGGGGCGCGGGCUGAGGCACCUGGCCUGCUGGAGCGCAUGGUGGAGGCGCUCCGCACAGGAAGCGCACGUCUGGUGGCCGCCCCGGUUGCCACGGCCAACCCUGCCAGGUGCCUGGCUCUGAACGUCAGCCUGCGAGAGUGGACCGCCCGCUAUGGCGCAGCCCCCGCCGCGCCCCGCUGCGACGCCCUGGACGGAGAUGCUGUGGUGCUCCUGCGCGCCCGCGACCUCUUCAACCUCUCGGCGCCCCUGGCCCGGCCGGUGGGCACCAGCCUCUUUCUGCAGACCGCCCUUCGCGGCUGGGCGGUGCAGCUGCUGGACUUGACCUUCGCCGCGGCGCGCCAGCCCCCGCUGGCCACCGCCCACGCGCGCUGGAAGGCUGAGCGCGAGGGACGCGCUCGGCGGGCGGCGCUGCUCCGCGCGCUGGGCAUCCGCCUAGUGAGCUGGGAAGGCGGGCGGCUGGAGUGGUUCGGCUGCAACAAGGAGACCACGCGCUGCUUCGGAACCGUGGUGGGCGACACGCCCGCCUACCUCUACGAGGAGCGCUGGACGCCCCCCUGCUGCCUGCGCGCGCUGCGAGAGACCGCCCGCUAUGUGGUGGGCGUGCUGGAGGCUGCGGGCGUGCGCUACUGGCUCGAGGGCGGCUCACUGCUGGGGGCCGCCCGCCACGGGGACAUCAUCCCAUGGGACUACGACGUGGACCUGGGCAUCUACUUGGAGGACGUGGGCAACUGCGAGCAGCUGCGGGGGGCAGAGGCCGGUUCGGUGGUGGAUGAGCGCGGCUUCGUAUGGGAGAAGGCGGUCGAGGGCGACUUUUUCCGAGUGCAGUACAGCGAAAGCAACCACUUGCACGUGGACCUGUGGCCCUUCUACCCCCGCAAUGGCGUCAUGACCAAGGACACGUGGCUGGACCACCGGCAGGAUGUGGAGUUCCCCGAGCACUUCCUGCAGCCUCUGGUGCCCCUGCCCUUUGCCGGCUUUGUGGCGCAGGCGCCUAACAACUACCGCCGCUUCCUGGAGCUCAAGUUCGGGCCCGGGGUCAUCGAGAACCCCCAGUACCCCAACCCGGCACUGCUGACUCUGACGGGAAGCGGCUGAAGCCCUGAUAACCUCGCCUUUGUUUUUCGGGGGUCCGUCUGGAUGUGGAGAAGCUCUGUGUGAGCGGUGAGGGGUGGAGGGAUGUCGCGGAGAGGGGAAGGGGGAAACUGACCAAGAAAGAAAUUCUAAGGAGAGCAUGAGAGAAGGCUGGCAUUGGCAGGAGGAGAGCACCAGGACGAGGAUGGGAAGCGACCUCCAGAUUUAUCAAAUGGUCAUGCCCACUGGGAGCCGUGGAUAUGCGUGGGGACAUCCUGGGUCAUCUCAGUCAUGGAGGGAGACGGGGAUGUCACGCCGUCCCGCAGGGCCCGGCACAGCCCCAGACCCGAAAAAAGUGUCCUGCCCAAGAUUCCGAGAGCCCUGCGCUCUAGGGCAGGGGCAGAGUUUUGGAAACAGUGCAGGCUCUGGAGCCAGACUGGUGAGAUUCAAAUCCUGGCUCUAUCGCUUCGGAGCCAGGUGGGCCUGGGGGGGCGUCGCAGUCUCUCUGUGCCUCAGUUGCUUCCAGGAUGCGGGACCCUUGGCUGCAGGGGUUGCUUCCGCCACUAGAGGGCGCGCCGGUCCCGCUCCUGGUGGCCCACUGUGGCUGCCCGGGCGACAGUACGCCCAGGGCCUCUGUUCCAUAGCCAUCUACUCUCUUGAGCCUUUGGACUUCUCUCCAAGCCCCUGUGGGAGGCGGACAGCAGUGACCACCUCCCCUUCUUUUGGACUGCGACCUCCUUCCCUCCUGGGAGAGCCCUGUGACCUGCAUGCUACUCUUAACUAUUCUAUUCAAGACUGAAUAGAAGUAUUUAAGUCUUGCAGAGGAGGAAAUGCUCAGAGCUCCGAGGUGCGGCUGUGGUCGAGAACCGGGUGCUGGGCUGGGCGCGGGGGCUCACGCCUGUAAUCCCAGCACUUUGGGAGGCCGAGGUGGGAGGAUCGCUUGAGCCCAGGAGUCUGAGACCAGCCUCGGCAACAUGCCAAGACCCCGUCUCUAUUUUUAAAAAAGAAAAAGAACCGACUUCUGAAUCUCAGCUCCACUCAUGAUUGUUACCUCAUUAUUUCAGCUGUCUGCACCUAAUUCCCCACUUGCACGGCAGGGUAGACAAUAACCAUAGCUCACACUCACUGAGCACCUACUGGGUACCAGGCACCAUUCUCAGUGUUUCACCUGGAUCAACUAAUGCGUCCCUCACCUCAGCCCUCUGAAGUGACAGCUGCUAUUAUUUUCAUUAUACAGAUGAAAAAGCUGAGGCCAGAAUCGUGAAGUCACUUGCUCAAGGUCAGGCAGCUUAGGAAGGGGCAGAUCGGGGGCUUGAACCCAGGUGGUCAGGCUCUGGAGCCCACAAUUGUCUUACCCACUAUGCCCCUCUCUAGUCAUGGUCCCCAAGAGGGGCUUGGAGGCCCACUUAGCAGGUGAAAGCAAUGGCAGCCUUCCUUAUUUGAUUAUGCACCUAAGAAUAAAUGGUAUUUGGGCAUGUAUUCCCAAUAUGUGUAUAUUUAUUUAUAAAUACAUACAGAUACUAUUAUCUGUAUGUCAGUAAUAAAGCUUAAAUUAUUCCAUUUUAAAA